GCAGAUUGAUCUUCUUGGACGGGGGGGACGGGGGACUGUGCAUUUUCAGAGGGAGACACAACUUCUCAAAGUCAGCCUGGAGGCAAAGGACAGAAAAAUCUUGUUUGAGCCUGAGUGAGGAGGAUCAGACAUGCACAGCGCUCACUCAUUACUCAAAAGACCAACGCUUCGUUCCACUCAUUGAUCCGGGGUCAAGGUGGAACAUUCUGCAACACUCCCUGGACAACAUUUUGUCUUUAUUGCUGAGCCAUGGGGAGCACAAUGAAGACGUCACACAGGUGUACAACAACUAUCCAGAGGAUCUAGGGGCAGCUUUAUACCGAGAACCAUUUGACUUCAACGCAGAGCCGCCUUGGGAUCCUAGCUGAUAGUGGAGGAGUUCCUCCCUGAACUCUUCCACGUAAGUACACAAGGAACCCAGGGGCUCGAGAGUUGGAUAACAAGACCACUACGGACUAUCUGUCUCCUUUAUGCCUGUCAGUUUAGCAGAAAAUGGUUGAGAAGAUGAAAGGAAUUCCUGAUGAUCCACAGUAUUCUGUUGUCCUGCUGGAAGGAAGCACAGCCCUUUGUGAUGUGAUUAACAAUCACAUUUAUGAACAAACCUUGGCUGAGAAGAAUGCAUUCUUCGUUGCAGACCUGGGAGUGAUAAUAAGGCAGCAUGUUCGCUGGCGAACCCACAUGACCCAAAUUCGACCCUACUACGCUGUCAGGUGCAACAGCAGCCCAGGGGUUAUUGAAGUUUUUGCUGCCCUUGGUACUGGAUUCAUAUGUACCAAUAAGUUUGAACUUGAGCUGGUGCAGAGCUGCGGCAUUCCCUCUGAAGAUAUCAUCUACAGUGGCGUGUGCAAGCAGGUCUCCCAUAUUAAACAUGCUGCCAAGAACGGCAUAGACUUCCUGGUAUGCGACAAUGAGGCAGAGCUACGCAAAAUUGCUCGCUGCCACCCCAGUGCCAAGCUGCUGCUCCAAGUGUCAACAGAAGCGUUCAGCCUGGAAGAGGAGAUGAGCAUGACAUUUGGCUGUACACUGAAGGACUGCCGACAUCUGCUGGAGAGUGCUAAGGAGCUGGGUGUGCAGGUGGUGGGGGUCAGGUGCCACAUUUCCAGCUCCUGUGAGGAUGUCCAGCUAUAUGUUCAUGCCAUCUCAGAUGCACGUAGUGUCUUUGACAUGGGAGUGGAAGUUGGCUUCAAUAUGAACAUCUUAAACAUUGGUGGUGGCUUCAGCUCCUCUGAGUCCCGGCUUGAGCAGAUUAAUGGUGCGGUUAUGUCUAUGGUGGAUCUUUACUUCCCUUCUUCCGCUGGCAUUUCCGUCAUUGCGGAGCCUGGAAGCUACUUUGUGUCGUCUGCUUUCACUCUGGCUGUCAACAUCAUCGCCAAGCAAAUGGUGGCACGGGACCACCAAAGCCAUGGAUGCGAUGAGCCACUUUCUGAUGAUGAACCAGACUUCCAGUAUUACAUGAAUGAGGGCGUUUAUGGGUCUUUUGCCAGCAAACUGACUGAAACAUUGAUCGCUGCUCCGUCUGUUCAUAAGAACACAGCCGUGGACGUGCCGGUGUUCAGCAGCAGCUUGUGGGGUCCCUCUGGAGACGACCUGGACCUGGUAGUGGAGCACUGUCUGUUACCUGAGGUCAAUGUCGGAGACUGGCUCGUGUUCAGCCAUGCAGGAGCCUACAUUCUGGGUCAGCCAGUUUCCUCUUCCACUGACGCAUCCCCACCCCCCGUCUACUACAUCAUCUCCUCUCGAGACUGGUUUGAGAUGCAGGAUGCUGGUGUCCCUCAUGAGGCUCUGCUGAAGAACUUCUCAUUGGUCCCUUAUCACUUCAGUUCCUGCCAAACGAAGGCAGCGCUUUCUGUCCCCGCUUAGCUAUAAUCAAAGUGUUUGUGGUUUCUGCUGCUAGCUUUAUCUCGUGUGCAUUCCGCUGGGGAAGAACUGAACCAACGGCACGCCAGGUCCAGAUGGAAUUCAUCUCACAAGCACAGGUGGACAUUGUGAUUAGACCUCAAGGAAAAAAAAAAAAUCAAUAAAUAAUAAAGCAUUCCUCCCUUUGUUUUGAGUGUCAUUUUUGUAUUUG